AUGGACGUCAAAUCACUACCAGAGUUUCGAUUCUUCCCAUAUCCCAAACAUCCAUCCGAGUCUCAAGAAUUACUACCAGAUGAUCCAAUUACCCUCAACACUUCGUCCUCAUGGACUUACUGCGGACCCCUCUUGACCCUUGAGUCAUAUAGCCUGCCAUCAUCCUUUACCACCUGGGCAGAUGCCACAAUCAACGGCUCAAUAUUGCCCUCCUUAUUCUCCUUCCUGGCAUAUGUCCACGAAUUCCUGGCCAAAAACAACCAAUCCCACUACUGGCUCACCAUCAGAGCAAGCAAAAGCUCGGACGAGUUCGAUACCCCACGCUGGCACACAGACGAUUUAUUCUUCUCCCCCCUCCAACCAAGAAACCAUUCAAGACGUGAAUCGCUCUUCUCGCCAAUCGCUAAUCUACUCAAAUCGCCUUGGACAGGCUCAACAAAGAACCAAAAGCCCCAACCCCGAAUCUUACCCUCCAAAACACCAACCAAGCAUCACGAUCACCCACGUCCCACAUCUCCAACCGCCCAAAUCCCCUCUACAAGCCCCGCCCCAACAAACUGGAAACUCACAACCACCCUCCUAGGCCCCGGAACCAUGUUCAUCCCACCGGCGACGAACCGCCUAGCCCGCACCACACAACAAGCCGCCAAAACAGCCGCCCGCGCCGCAGACCCAGGCCACGUAUGUGUCUCCGUGCGCUGCGUCGGGUGCGCCAUGGCGGCCGAGUCGGUGCGGGCACGGCUGGUCGUUGAGCUGGGUGGGCACGGGGUUGUGCAGGCGUCGGCGGGGGAGUGUGUUUUCUUCCGGGUUGGCGAGGACGAUGGCGCGGUGCAUUCUGAGCCUCGGUCGCAUGGUGAUCGGGUUUUUGUUAAUGUUGUCCCUGGUCAUGAGGCGGAUCUUAGGGCGCUGAUGGUGAAGUGGGGGAUGGAGUAUCCGCGGGCUUGGUGUGUGGGGUUGCCAUUGGUGAUUGGGGAGGGAGAGGAGUGUUUGAGGGAUGUUGGGGGUGAGAUUUGA